UACAAAAUGCACACAGUGUGUUCUCAGCUUACGAUCUGCGUACAGGUCUAAAACAUAAUGGCAUCGAAAAAAUAUUCCCAAGAAGAAAAGGAAAAACUUUUAAAAUUCCGGGAAAACUUGGCCGAUCUUGACUUAUUGCCAUACCAAUUGAAGGACGAGUUUCUCAUAAAAUGGUUGCGAGCUCGGAGUCUGGAUCUCGUUUUGGCAGAGAAAAUGCUGAGAGAUUCGAUCAAGUGGAGAAAAGAGUUUAAAGCUGAUACAAUUUUGGAGGAACAACUCCCCCACGAGUUGACCAUUUCGGAACCCUUGGCCUACUGUGGGAUUUCCAAAGACGGGUUUAUAGUCAAUAUUCACCCCUUUGGACGAUACAAUUCGAGAUGUGUAAUUGAAAAAUACGGCCCAGAUAUGAUGGAACGCUUCCAUGUUCAGAAAGUCGAGAUAGUUGCCAAGAUUAUGCAAAAAGUGAGUGAAAAUACGCAAGUUCCAGUGACGCAAACUUUGGAGCUGUUUGAUAUGGAAGGUUAUUCAUUCUGGCAAUUCUGCUCGAAAGCGUGUAUUCAAUAUUAUGUACGACUAGCACCCAAAAUGGAAUCAAACUAUCCAGAAAUGAUGCAUUAUGUCAUGAUCAUCAAUGCGCCAAGAUUCUUCAACGUCAUGUUCAGUGUCGUUAAGCCGUUCAUGAGUAAAGCAACUCUGGAUAAGAUACAAGUUUUUGGAUGUGACAAGGAGAAAUGGAAGAAAGCGUUGCGAGAGAGGUUUCCGGUAGAAAACAUCCCACCCUACUGGGGCGGCACCUUGGAGGGAGUAGAUGCCUACUGCUCGGAUAGCGACAUUUGGAUAAGGUCGCCCAAACCAAAAGAGUUGAAACAGAUGAUGGAGGGGACUUAUAAAGUAGUUCAGUGAUAUGUAUCUAAUGUAAAUACAUGAAGAUAUAUCUAGCUGUAUGCAUAUAUAUUGUAUGUAUAUGUCAUAUGUAUGUAUACAUGUAUUUCUUGACGGGAAUAUCUUUGGAGCUGUUGAAUAAUAUUUAUUCAUGUCACAAUAAUAAUGCCAAUAUUGGCAAUUGUAAUCAGUUUCUGGUAAUUUAUACUCAAAAUGGUAUUUAAAUAAAGAAAUUCAAGUCCGGCUUAAUUUUAUAA